AUGAUCGCCAAAGCCAUUAAUUAUGCAGUCUCUACUUGGGAAGUGGACAUCAUCUCAAUGUCAUUUGGAUUUCCUACGUGUAAUAUGGAUGAUUACCAAGAACUUGAAGAUGCUCUUGCAAAUGCUCAUGCGAAACGUGUAUUGCUUUUUGCCGCUGCCUCGAAUAGCGGAGGGAAGCUGGGCCGCGCAUAUCCAGCUCGCGAUCAGAAUGUCAUUGCCAUUCAUGCGACUGAUACAGAUGGUAAUCGGUCAAGAUUUAGCCCUACGGCUUUGUCUCACGAUAUUAACUUGGCGACGGUCGGCGAAGCUAUUGAGUCGGCGUGGCCAGUGUAUCUUUCGGAUAACUCCAAUUCCAAGGCUCUUAGAUGCAAAUCUGGCACAUCGUUUGCGACUGCUAUUGCAGCCGGGAUUGUUGGCUUCCUCUUGUUGUAUGCAAAGAUACACUUGCCAGAAAAAGCUGACGCACUGAAGAGUCGGCGGAGGAUGCAAGCGUUGUUGAAGCGAGUGGCCGAGAAAGAGGUGGGACAGACGGCGAGAGACGGUUAUUAUUUCGUCGAUGUGAGCUUAUAUUCAGACAGUUUGUUCGGCAAGAGCAAAGAGCUUAUUAAUGAGACGAUACGGGAUGUCUUGAAUACAUAA